GCACAUGCGCACAGGCGGCGCAGCCGGCACGCGGCGCUCGCGCUCCCUGCUUAAAUGAGCCUGGGCGCACCGCGCCCGCCACUUCAGUGGAUCCCGCGCCGGGGCCGCGGGCGGAGCUGCCUGCUAGACCCGCGCCGCGCGCCCGCACUCCUCGGCUCUCGGGCGGUCGAUGGGACGGGGCGCCGCGGAGCAGGAGGCGGCGCCCGUCGGGGUGCUCGGGCCGCGCGGGAGCCCACUGGGGGACUCGGGCAUGGCGGGCCGCAGGACCUGAGCUCUGCCCCGCGGGGAGGCAGCUGCUGGCCGGCGAUGGGGACGGAGCGGGGCCGCCGCCGCCGCGCUGGGCCGUGAGCGCCGCGCCGCCGCCGCCGCUACCUCAGCUCCUCGCGAAGCUCCGGGCAGCUCGGGAACAUGGCCCUGGAGCGGCUCUGCUCAGUCCUCAAAGUGUUGUUAAUAACAGUACUGGUAGUGGAAGGGAUUGCUGUGGCCCAAAAAACCCAAGAUGGACAAAAUAUUGGAAUUAAGCAUAUUCCUGCAACCCAGUGUGGCAUUUGGGUUCGAACCAGCAAUGGAGGUCAUUUUGCUUCACCAAAUUAUCCUGACUCAUAUCCACCAAACAAGGAGUGUAUCUACAUUUUGGAAGCUGCUCCACGUCAAAGAAUAGAGUUGACCUUUGAUGAACAUUAUUAUAUAGAACCAUCAUUUGAGUGUCGGUUUGAUCACUUGGAAGUUCGAGAUGGGCCAUUUGGUUUCUCUCCUCUUAUAGAUCGUUACUGUGGCGUGAAAAGCCCUCCAUUAAUUAGAUCAACAGGGAGAUUCAUGUGGAUUAAGUUUAGUUCUGAUGAAGAGCUUGAAGGACUGGGAUUUCGAGCAAAAUAUUCAUUUAUUCCAGAUCCAGACUUUACUUACCUAGGAGGUAUUUUAAAUCCCAUUCCAGAUUGUCAGUUCGAGCUCUCGGGAGCUGAUGGAAUAGUGCGCUCUAGUCAGGUAGAACAAGAGGAGAAAACAAAACCAGGCCAAGCCGUUGAUUGCAUCUGGACCAUUAAAGCCACUCCAAAAGCGAAGAUUUAUUUGAGGUUCCUAGAUUAUCAAAUGGAGCACUCAAAUGAAUGCAAGAGAAACUUCGUUGCAGUCUAUGAUGGAAGCAGUUCUAUUGAAAACCUGAAGGCCAAGUUUUGCAGCACUGUGGCCAAUGACGUAAUGCUUAAAACAGGAAUUGGAGUGAUUCGAAUGUGGGCAGAUGAAGGCAGUCGGCUUAGCAGGUUUCGAAUGCUCUUUACUUCCUUUGUGGAGCCUCCCUGCACAAGCAGCACUUUCUUUUGCCAUAGCAACAUGUGCAUCAAUAAUUCUUUAGUCUGUAAUGGUGUCCAAAAUUGUGCAUACCCUUGGGAUGAAAAUCAUUGUAAAGAAAAGAAAAAAGCAGGAGUAUUUGAACAAAUCACUAAGACUCAUGGGACAAUUAUUGGCAUUACUUCAGGGAUUGUCUUGGUCCUUCUCAUUAUUUCUAUUUUAGUACAAGUGAAACAGCCUCGAAAAAAGGUCAUGGCUUGCAAAACUGCUUUUAAUAAAACCGGGUUCCAAGAAGUGUUUGAUCCUCCUCAUUAUGAACUGUUUUCACUAAGGGACAAAGAGAUUUCUGCAGACCUGGCAGACUUGUCGGAAGAAUUGGACAACUACCAGAAGAUGCGGCGCUCGUCCACCGCCUCCCGCUGCGUCCACGACCACCACUGUGGGUCGCAGGCCUCCAGCGUCAAACAAAGCAGGACCAACCUCAGUUCCAUGGAACUUCCUUUCCGAAAUGACUUUGCACAACCACAGCCAAUGAAAACAUUUAAUAGCACCUUCAAGAAAAGUAGUUACACUUUCAAACAGGGACACGAGUGCCCUGAGCAGGCCCUGGAAGACCGAGUAAUGGAGGAGAUUCCCUGUGAAAUUUAUGUCAGGGGGCGAGAAGAUUCUACACAAGCAUCCAUAUCCAUUGACUUCUAAUCUUCUGCUAAUGGUGAUGUGAAUUCUUAAGUGUGUACGUACACAGCCUCCAGGGAAUCAUACUGUUUCCAGCAGCCAACCCUUUUCUCCCAUCACAACUACAAAGACCUUGAUUUACCGUUAACCUAUUGUAUGGUGAUGUUUUUAUUCUCUCAGGCAGUCUAUAUAUGUUAAACCAAUCAAGAAACUUACUUUAUUCAGUGGAAACAAUAAUCUCUAUUGCUUGGUGUCAUUUAUAGGAAGCACCGCCAGUUAAAGAGCAUUGGAAGAGGUGGUUGGAUGGAGCCAGGCUCAGGCUGCCCAUUUGUUUUAGCAACAAGAAGACUGCUCUUGACUGAUACAGCUCUGUCAAUAUUUUGAUGCCACAAUAAACUUUAAGAUUUUUCUUUACAUUCCUUUUAUUUUUUCCUUUCUCUAAAUUUAAUUUGUUUUAUAAGCCUAUAGUUUUACCAUUUCAUUUUCUUACAUAAAUACAAGUGGUUAAUGUACCACAUACUUCAGUAUAGGCAUUUGUUCUUGAAUGUGUCAAAAUACAGCUAGUUACUGUGCCAAUUAAGACCCAGUUGUAUUUCAUCCAUCUGUUUCUUCUUGGCUAAUCUCUGUACUUCUGCCUUUUAAUUACUGGGCCCUUAUUCCUUAUUUUCUGUGAGAAAUAAUAGAUGAUAUGAUUUAUUACCUUUCAAUUAUAUUUUUCUCAGUUAUACUAGAAAAUUUCAUAAUCCUGGGAUAUAUGUACCAUUGCCAGCUAUGACUAAAAAUUUGAAAAAGAAAAAUUUCUAGCAAGCCUUUGAAGUUUACCAAGUAUAGUCACAUUCAGUGAUAGCCCAUUCAUUCCAGUAAACAGAGUCAUUUCAUUCACUUUGGGAGAGGCCUAUAAUUAACAUUUAUUUGCAAUGUUUCUCUUCGCUAGAUUGUUACAUAGCUCCCGGUCUAUUGGUUUUGCUUACCGCAUAUGGUAACCAAGGUUAGAUGCCAGUUAAAAUUCCUUAGAAACUGGAUGAGCCUUGAGAUUGCUUCUUACCUGGGACACGACAUUUUUCUAGCUCUUAUCAAAAAUAACAACUUCCACUUUUUUUUAAACUGCACUUUUGACUUUUUUUAUGGUAUAUAAACAAUAAUUUAUAAACAUAAUAUAAAAGCUCAUUGUGUUUUUUAGACUUUUGAUAUUAUUUGAUACUGUACAAACUUUAUUAAAUCAAGAUGAAAGACCUACAGGACAGAUUCAGUGUUCACAUCAGCGGCUUUGUAUGCAAAUAUGCUGUGUUGGACCUGGACGCUAUUACUUAUUGUAAAGACCUUGGUAAUGUGGACAUAAGCUCUUUCUUUCCUUUUGUUACUGUAUUCAGUUUGUGAUAAAUUUUUCACUGUGUGAUAUUUAUGCUCUAAAUCACUACACAAAUCCCAUAUUAAAAUAUACAUUGUACCUGACCCUUUAAUCAUGUUAUUUAUGCCACCAAGGUUGUGGAUCUUAAGGUAUGUAUGGAAAGGAACUCAUUUAUCAAAUUGUAAUACAGACAUGCCAUUUAAAAGAGGUAAAUUCUUGUUUUCUAUAUUUUGGUAGUAAAUUCUCAAUGAAAUAA